ACACACUGGUAAACACACACGUACACACACUGGUAAACACACACACACACACACACUGGUAAACACACACGUACACACACACACACACACACUGGUACACACACACACACACACACCUGGUACACACACACACACACACACACUGUACACACACACACACACACACCACUGGUACACACACACACACACACUGGUAAAACACACACACCAACACUGUGUAACACACACACACACACUGGUAAACACACAGACACACACACACAAUGGUAACACACACACCACACUGGUAAAACACCACACACACACACUGGUAAACACACACACACCACACUGGUAAACACACACCACACACACUGGUAAACACACACACACACACACACACUGGUAAACACACACACACACACACUGGGUAAACACACACACACACACACACUGGUAAACACAACACACACACACUGGUACACACACUGGUACACACACACACACACUGGUAAACACACACACACACACUGGUAAACACAACACACACACACACUGGUAAACACACACACACACACACUGGUAAACACACACACAACACAAAAACAAAACACAACACCACACACACACUGGUACACACACACAACAACACACACACCACACGACACCACAACCACACACUGGUAACACACACACACACACAUGGUAACACACACACACACGCUGGUAAACACACACACACACACUGGUAACACACACACACACACGGUCAACACACACACACACACUGGUAAACACACACACACACACACACUGGUAAACACACACACACACACUGGUAAACACACAACACACACACUGGUAACACACACACCACACACUGGUAACACACACACACACACACUGGUAAACAACACCACACCACACUGGUAAACCACACACAACACACACACUGGUAAACACACACACACACCUGGUACACACACACACACACUGGUACACACACACACACACAAACACACACUGGUACACACACACACACACACUGGUAACACACAACACACACACACUGGUAAACACACACAACACAACACAACUGGUAACACACACACACCACACUGGUAAACACACACACACACACUGGUAAACACACACACACACACUGGACAACACACACACAUGGUAAACACACACACACACACACUGGUAAACACACACAACACACCACACUGGUAACACCACACACACACACACUGGUAAACACACACACACACACACUGGUAAACACACACCACAACCACACACACUGGUACACACACACAACACACACACACACUGGUAAACACACACACACACCACUGGUAAACACACACACACACACUGGUAACACACCACACACACUGGUACCACACACAACCACUGGUACACACACACACACACACUGGUCAGACAACACACACACCACACUGGUACAACACACACACACACACACACUGGUAACACACACACACACACACUGGUAACACACACACACACUGGUAAACACACCACACACACACUGGUAAACACACCACACAACACUGGUAAACACACACACACACACACUUAACAACCACAACACACUUGGUAAUAAACUCACACACACACACACACCACUUGAGACAGACUCACACACACACACACACACACUUAACACAACACACCACACACACACAACACACACACACACACACACCAACACACAACACACACACCACUGGUAAAACACACACACACACACUUGAGGACAGACACACACACACACACACUUGAGAGCAGGCACACACACACACACACACACACACACACACUGGUAAACACACACACACACACACACUUGAGGACAGACACACACACACACACACUUGAGAGCAGGCACACACACACACACACACACACACACAACACACUGGUAAACACACACACACACACACACUUGAGGACAGACACACACACACACACACUUGAGAGCAGAAACACACACACACACAAAUGCAUGCACGCAUACACACAGCUAUAUACACUAUAUAUACAAAAGUAUGUGGACACCCCUUCAAAUUAGUGGAUUCGGCUAUUUCAGACAUCCAUGCAAUCUCCAUAGACACACAUUGGCAGUAGAAUGGCCUUACUGAAGAGCUCAGUGACUUUCAAUGUGGCACCGUCGUAAGAUGCCACCUUUCCAACAAGUCAGUUCGUCAAAUGUCUGCCCUGCUAGAGCUGCCCCUGUAAGUGCUGUUAUUGUGAAGUGGAAACAUCUAGGAGCAACAACGGUUCAGCCGCAAAGUGUUAGGCCACACAAGAUCACAGAACGGGACCGCCGAAUGCUGAAGCGCGUAAAAAUCGUCUGUCCUCGGUUGCAACACUCACUAACGAGUUCCAAACUGCCUCUGGAAGCAACGUUAGCACAAGAACUGUUCGUCGGGAGCUUCAUGAAAUGGGUUUCCAUGGCCGAGCAGCCGCACACAAGCCUAAGAUCCCCAUGCGCAAUGACAAGCGUCAGCUGGAGUGGUGUAAAGCUCGCCGCAAUUGGAUACUGGAGCAGUGGAAACACGUUCUCUGGAGUGAUGAAUUACGCUUCACCAUCUGGCAAUCCGCCGGACGAAUCUGGGUUUGGCGGAUGCCAGGAGAACACUACCUGCCCCAAUGCAUAGUGCCAACUGUAAAGUCUGGUGGAGGAGGAAUAAUGGUCUGGGACUGUUUUUAAUGGUUCGGGCUAGGCCCCUUAGUUCCAGUGAAGGGAACUCUUAACGCUACAGCAUACAAUGACAUUCUAGAUGAUUCUGUGCUUCCAACUUUGUGGCAACAGUUUGGGGAAGGCCCUUUCCUGUUUCAGCAUGACAAUGCCCCCAUGCACAAAGCGGGGUCCAUAAGGAAAUGAUUUGUUGAGAUCGGUGUGAAUGAACUUACUGGCCUGCACAGAGCCCUGACCUCAACCCCAUCGAACACCUUUGGGAUUAAUUGGAACGCCGACAGCAAGCCAGGCCUAAUUGCCCAACAUCAGUGCCCGACCUCACUAAUGCUCGUGGCUGAAUGGAAGCAAGUCCCUUCAGUAAUGUUCCAACAUCUAGUGGAAAGCCUUCCCAGAAGAGUAGAGGCUGUUUAUAGUAGUAAAGUGGGGACCAACUACACAUUAGUGUCCAUGAUUUUGGAAUGAGAUAUUCAACGAGCAGGUGUUCACAUACUUUUGGUCAUGUAGUGUAUUUGGGUCCAUGAUGAAACAUGGCGUCCAGUAAUGUGUCUGUUUGUCUGUUAUGUCUAGUUUUGUGAUUGGUUUGGGAGUAGUCGUAUCCUUCCUGGAGUUGUUUAUUGUAGAUAACGGUGUGAUUAGAACUACUCCUACUCUAGUCCUCUGAGAAUACCAGCUCUGUUAUCUUGGUUUGAGCUGAGUGCUGAAAGGUAUGUCGCCUGGCUAACUCCCUGCCUGUCGGCCUGGAGAAAAGUGACAUGGAUAUUGUGUUUUCAAUGGUUAUGAAUAAGUCACGAUAUGCAGAAUCUGUGAAAGAUGGUUGUCCUCUAACCCCUAACUUUCCCUCUCUUUCUCUUUGUCUCCCUCCCUCUCUCUCUCUCUCUCUUUUUCUGUCUCCAUCAUUCUAUCUUUCCUCCCCCUCCAGAUCUCUCCAUCUUCGAGGCUGCCCUCCUCCCUGCCACCCCUCCCUCUGUAUGACCAGCCCCCCUGCAGCCCCUACGCCACCCCAGACACCCCCACCCCUCCGCCCCUCCCUCGAUCACCCUCUGUCAACGGGGAACACAAGCCACCUCCCACAAUGCACAAGGGACCCACUCACAGUAAGAAAGUGACCAAUGCUGGGUUUUUUGUUUUUACACAUGUAAGAAAGAGUAACAUGACAAUUACAUACAGUAGGUAAGACUGUAAAAAGAGUACAUCAGUGUAAUUUCUCUCUCUCUCACUCAAUAAAAAAAAAAAAAUCAAUUUAAGGGGCUUUAUUGGCAUGGGAAACAUGUUUACAUUGCCAAAGCAAGUGAAGUAAAUGAUAAGCAAAAGUUAAUUAAACAAUAAAAAAAUGAACAGUAAACUCUCUCUCUUUCUGUCUGUCUCGGUCUGCCUGUCUCUCUUUCUUUCUCUCCGUCUCGUUCUCUCUAUCUCUCUCUUUCUGUCUCUCUCUCUCUCUUUUUCUGUCUUUCUCUCUCUCUCUCUCUCUUUCUGUCUCUCUAUCGCUUUCCAUGUCCCUCUCUCUCUGUCUCUUGCUCUCUGUCUCUCUCAUCAGAUCAUAGUUCAGCUCUGAGUCCAGUGUCUCCAGAGUUCCCCCAGCCCCCCCGGUUCACUCCCGAUGGAGGCCCCAGCAAACUACGACCUGUAAGCCACCCCAAAACCUCAACCUUUCAACAACCUUAGAUCAAGACCAGUAUUGGGAGAUGUAGUGUGGAUCUAAAUUAAUUGAAUGUAGAUGAGAUUUGUGUUUAAUGCCCCGCCCUCUCUCCCGCCCCAUAGGUCCGUGCAGCCCCCCCGCCCCCUAAGCAGAAACCUCGCAAAAAGGCAGAGAAGACUGAGGAGGUGGAGAUCACACUGGUGUGACAGACAGAGGGACAGAUGCAGACCUGGAUGACUGACCUUUGAACUGGGCUUCACCUCUAACCUUUGAACCAUAGAACUCCCCCCCUUCACUCCCCCCUACCUCCCUCCACUGGGAAGAACUCCCCCUUCACUCCCCCCUACCUCCCUCAACUGGAAAGAACUCCCCCCUUCUCGCCCCCCUAUCUCCCUCCACUGGGAAGA